AUGAGUACGGCGGGACGGCGGUGGAGUUUGGCGGCACUGUGCGAGUUUGGCGGCACUGUGCGGGCGCCUGCGCCGCCCCCGUCUGGCUCUCCCUGGUGCGCAGACGUCGGCGGCCAGGCCGUCACCCUGUAUGCGCCCCGCGGCCAUGAGAAGGUCAGGGCAGCGAUUGCCGACUUGGCGUCAGGCUUUUUGGAGUUGGCUGGGCAGCAGAAGUGGCGAGGCUCGUGCCCCUUUGCAUCAAGAGCACCGAGGGGCCACAGCUGGAUCGACUUUGACAAUGGCGACGAGGUGCAAAUGCUGGCUGCUGCACAGUGGCUGCCAUACAUUGACGCCCGUGUCGACAGGGACAACAUGACGCUAGUGACUCCUGCCACAGCUGCGGAGGGCUCCAUACUGCUCAUCAUGAAUGCCUUUUUGUAA